UCGUCGCGAAACUGCCGGCUUAAGCGCUGUGUUUCAUUAAAACUUUAAUAAAAAUCACUAUAAAUUAACAUUAUUCGUUGUUAUGAAACAAGAGCAUAAUUUUAAAGUUAUCUUUUUUAAGAUAAAGUGACUUUUAGUACCUACAUUGAAUUUUAAGUUUUGUGUAUAAUUUUGAAUGAAUUGCGAUUGUUUUUUUAUGUCUGACCGGUGUCUAAAGUUGUAUGUUUACAUGUGUAUGUUUAUAUGAGUGUGCGUCUGUGAUAUUGACCUCCUAAACGAAUGAACUGACUGGAAUGCAGUUUUGUUUAUAAAAGAUGGCCGGAAAAAAAUACUUCGUAGUAAGAUUCUUGCAGCUACCUUAUCCAUACAUAGAGAAAUAUGUUUGUGUGCCUCAAACAUGGGUCACGUUACAGCCUACGGCGCAAACAAUUUUAGUAUCAUAUCCCAAUGAGAACCCAGCUAUAACUAGGAAUCGAGUGGAAAACAACGAAAAAUCCAACGUCAACUGGACAUCUUAUAAAGCUGAAAUGAAGUAUAUUACUGAUGAAUACGAUGAUGCAGACACUUGGAUUGCCACCAUGUAUGAUGAUGGGGUCAUGGGCUCCAAUGCCAGCACCGCUCCUGGACAAUCUUCGACUGCCAAUGAAACCGGUCACGUCUCCCUGUGGAACAAUAAUUUGCCUAACGGAUGUCUACAAACAAAUACUCAAGACCCAUCAACAUCAGAUCCAACCAAUGAUCAUCAGGGAAAACUUAAAGAAAACCCUUUAAAUAAUGAUUACCCACCAAAAUCAACACUCAAAAGAAAACUUUCAGCAAAUGGAAUGGACGAAAAUGACGUUAAAUUACUGAAAACUAUUAAGACUGAACCUCUUGAUGAAAACGAUAAUUAUUCAAGCAAUGCCUUAGAAAAUAAGGAAACUUAUGUAAAUAGACAUCAAGAAAGAGUAUCACCAAUACUUAUGGACGAUAUAAAUAAUAUCAUAGAUAUGAUUGAUAACAAUAAUAAGAAUUACUCUUCAAGUAUCAAUAAAACACUCUUGAAUCCCCUAGCGCAUGGUGAACUAGCUAAACUUCUCUUAGAUAUACCUGGGAAUAAAACUGUUGAUGUUUCGAACAACUCUUUAGAAAGUUCCAGUCAGAAACAUGAGUCUGAAUGUUUAGAAUUUACAAUCAAGGAAGAGCCAAAAUCUCCUAUACUGAUUGAUGUGAGUGAUGGAGAAGAAGGAGUAAAUUCUAGAAGUAAAGAAGAAGGUGAUAAAAAUAAUAUUAAUGAAAUACCUGCAACCCAAGCUGAUACAGUAACUUCAAUACAAUCUGAAAAAACUGUGAAUGAAUUCACCAAAUCUAAAGAUCCUGAUCACAACUUACCUCACAACGAUAAAGAAAAUAAAAUAGGAAGACCUUCUGACUGUGAACAAAAUAAAAACACUCAACAAGCGGAUGAAAAAAUUACUGACACGCAAAGAUUGAUUAACGUAACUGUGACACAUGGAAUCUUGAAGGAAAAACCUCACAAAACUCCUGAAAAUUAUAAAGUAUCAAUGCAAAAUUCUAAUCCAUAUCCAUUAAACACUGACAAAUCAAAUAAAGACCCGAAAAUCUAUGUACCUGCGCAAGAUCCUAAAUUUAAUCCUGAAAAUACUUUGAGAUCUUUAAUUCAACACACACCGACUGUAUCAAAUGAACCUUUUAAGCUACCACAAGAGUCACUUGAAGACGUGAACUCAUCAGCUUUCAAAGUCCUCGUUCAAAAAGAUGAGCAUCUGAACAGAAUUAUCAUCACAAGAUCUGAAGAACCUGAAUUAAAGAAAUUCAAGAAAUCGUACAAUGAAAGAGUACAGGGAAAAAAUACUGCGCAAAAUAAGCCUAGCAACACAUUGCCUGUUGAAACACCUUCAAAUACAUUAGUACCGGCACAAAAUCCUCUUAAUGCUUUACCGAGUCCCACGCAACGAUUCCCAAAUUCAGAUAAUCAAGAAGUUCAGAUAACAAGACAUUUAAAUGAACAGGCUCCACCUCGUAACCACUAUCCACAAAAUUCCCAACAUAUGUAUGAAACGUUUCAUCGAUUUGGACAUGAUAGAUUGCCAGAAACGAUAGAGCGAGCAGGUGAGGACAGGCAACAAAACAUUGCGAAGCCUAAUAAACCCUAUGAGCCGGCUAAGGCUGCAAACCCUAAGCCACAAGCUGAACGUGCCACAAAUGGACCAAAAAUCAAAGGCUACCUCUUAGAAGAUCCACGUACAGGUCAAGUCUUUAUCCAUCCUACGGCGCCUCAGAAUAACAUUGAACAAAGACCUGAAUACCACAGUGCAGGGAAAAAUAAAAACGCAGAAAAACAUAAACCAACACCAGCAAAUCAAGCCAGUCAAAUGCGACCUCAACGUCAGGACAAUCAAUUUGUUAGGCCUACUGGUGGAACUUAUUACCCUGCUAAUCUAUCUGAAAGGCUUCCACAGCCUACGGAUAUGCAUGGUAGUAAUCCAAGACCGCAAAUUAAUUCGCAAAAUCCAUCCAGUGUACCGAAUUCUUUUCAGCCACCAAAUUACUUUGAUCCCUAUUUUCAAGGGAGACGAUAUUCGCCAGCUUGUCAAGACUCUAAUUACCAAGAUUCGAGGAUGCAGCAACCACCGAUAGUGAGACCAGGACUUAGUGAGAUAAGACCAAUGGCACCUCCGAAUGUUAACAUGGGUUAUCAGAACUGCCCUCCAAUGAGAAGUUUUCUUGAUGAUAGGUUGUCUUCUAACCCUUCGAUACGACCUAACAGUUCAUACGAAGCGCGAAUGGAAGAAUGGUUCAGGUCAUUGUCACAAAAGUUAGACUUCAUUUAUGCGAAACUGUCGAAAAUGUGAAACAAAUAUGUACAGUAUUGCUUGAUAGUGAUAAGUAUUGUACAAUAAGUAAUAGACAUUUUGUAUUGUGCUGCGUUUUGGCUUUUACAGUUUUACGCUUAUGAAACGUGAACUACCUCAGUGAAAAAAAUUGAAAAUACCAUAAGAAUAACAGAAUUAAACUACCUCUCGGACACAAGCGGACUAAUGCGUGUUUUGUAUGACAAACGUUUGAAUUGUCAUAAGGUUGUCGCAACCACGCGUUGUCGCGAUCUAUGGACGCCAAAUAUUUUGAUAUCCAAUUUGUAUAAAUUUAAAACAUACAAAAAAAUAAGAAAACAAUUAAGAAUCUUCGUAUUGAUGUAAUUUUCCCUUCACUUUAAAUUUCUUUAAAAAAAAAACAGGGCAGAAAGAUGGAGGUAACAAAAAUAUUCGAAAUUAUUAAAUAAUAAAUUUUGUUUUUACUCAAAAGACUGCAUUCAAUGUUACUGUAAGUUUACCUCACUAAUGAUACAUAUGUAUUAUAUUUUAAUAAGUUACUUGACUAGUUGUUGAAAUAAAACUGA